ACUCGCGGAAAAAGUCUUCAUUACUCCGACCGGCUUCGAUGUACGAGUUUCUUAUUAAUAGAAGUUAUGAAAUACGUGUCGUAUUUGAACAUUUAUUUUGAUUUUUAUAGUUCAUAAAAAUUACAAGUAUUUUUUUUUUAAUAUUUAAAAUAUUUCCGGAAAAUUAAUAUUGAAGUAAUGAAGAUUUUUUUGUGGAUAUUAUUUUUUCAAGUUUUGCAAUAUGCAAGUGCGGACUUUAAAGUUGACAGGCAAGACUUGAGAAUUCUUGCUGGUGAUAAAAAAUCAUUUGAUUUAUAUUUGACAAAUAAAUUAUCAACUCAAGUGAAUGUAACCCUGGCUAUUAAAGAUGAAAAUUUACUUGAGAUAAAUCCUGUAACUUUUAAUGUUACGGAAAAUGAAAGGGAUUUUCAUUGGAAUAUCAGUGUCAGAGGAUUAUCUCCAGGCUAUUCAGUGAUCAGUGCUAAUGUAACUCCCAAUAUUACAGAUUUUUCCGAUGCAUUUGUCAGAGUGACAAUACAGAGAUCAACAUUUUUGUAUCAUUUAAGUGACGUUGUUGGUUGGAUGUACUUUUUAGCAUGGAGUGUUAGCUUCUAUCCACAAAUUUACAUAAAUUACAAACGAAAAAGUGUCGUAGGUCUUAAUUUUGAUUUUUUAUCAUUAAAUAUUGUUGGGUUUUUUUUAUAUUCUCUAUUUAACUGCGGACUCUAUUGGAUACCAGACAUCGAAUCAGAAUAUUAUCGCCGAUAUCCAAAAGGUUUGAAUCCAGUCCAAAUAAAUGAUAUUUUUUUUGCUAUUCAUGCAUUUUGGGCUACCGCCUUUACUAUUGGACAAUGUUUUGUUUAUGAGGUUGGUACACAAACAGUAUCGCUUAUUGCUCGAAUAAUUCAUGGAUUAAUCACGAUAUCUAUAGUAAUUUUAAUUAUCUUAGGAGUUGUUAAAACAAUUCAAUGGCUGGAUUUUCUUUAUUUUUGCAGUUAUAUAAAGCUAACUAUCACAUUAAUUAAAUAUUUACCCCAAGCAUAUUAUAAUUAUAGAAGGAAAUCUACUAUUGGCUGGAGUAUCGGUAAUGUACUCCUAGAUUUUACAGGUGGAAUACUUUCUAUGCUUCAAAUGGUAUUGAAUGCUUACAAUUAUGAUGAUUGGAAGAGUAUUUUUGGCGAUCCAACAAAAUUUGGCCUUGGCUUUUUUUCAGUUACUUUCGACAUAUUUUUUAUUUUACAACAUUACGUAUUCUACAGGUCGAAUCCCAUCAAUCAGUUGAACUCGAAUUCAUAUAUCGAUGUUUUGGUAUAAAAAUAUCGAAUGGAAACCAUCAAGAAAUGAAUGGAAAUAGAGAAACAACAAAGUAUUACUAUUAGAUUUUUUAUUACUCCGCACUACGACAUGCAGAUUGUGGAGAAUCCUGAGUUAAUUCAGAGUAAACUUUUUACCUAAAUUAACUUCUUCACUCGGAGUUCCAGAGCUUUGAAGAACUAUUCCGUGGACGGAAUAAAUAUAUUUUCUAAGUGAAUGUUAAUUUUAUUCUAAUCCAUGUCCACUUUGAUUACGGAGUUUUAAUAUUAAAUCAAGUCCACAUUGAAUAAAAUAA